GCCAGAAGGGGAAGUGUGUGGAGUUCCCCUCCAGCCUGUCAUCAGUCUCAUCAGGCCCUCGGAGUGGCAGUCCCGGGGCCUGGCAGCGGCCAUGGAGCCUCGGGAGACUCCCAUCAAGGACGGCAUCCUCUAUCAGCAACACAUCAAGUUCGGCAAGAAGUCCUGGCGGAAGGUAUGGGGUCUGCUGUAUGCAGGAAGCCCAUCAGGUGUGGCACGGCUGGAGAGCUGGGAGGUACGGGAUGGUGGCCUGGGGCCAGCAGGUGACAGGUCUGCAGGACCCAGCCGGCGCGGGGAACGGCGGAUCAUCCGCCUGGCUGACUGUGUGUCUGUGCUGCCGGCUGACGGCGAGAGCUGCCCCAAGGACACUGGUGCCUUCCUGCUCACCACCACAGAGCGAAGCCACCUGCUGGCCGCACAGCAUCGCCAGGAAUGGAUGGGCCCCAUCUGCCAGCUGGCCUUCCAGGGCAUAGCGGAGUAUUCCUCAGGACCAGGGGAGGUGGAAGCUUCCAAGAGGGGCCUGGUGCCCAUGGAGGAGAAUUCCAUCUACUCCUCCUGGCAAGAAGUAAGCGAGUUUCCAGUGGUGGUGCAGAGGACCGAGGCUGCCACCCGCUGCCAGCUGAAGGGGCCCUACCUCCUGGUGCUAAACCAAGAUACCAUCCAGCUGCGGGAACCCUCCAGCCCCCAGGCCCUCUACAGCUGGCCCUACUGCUUCCUGCGCAAGUUCGGCUCUGACAAGGACGUGUUCUCCUUCGAAGCUGGACGCCGCUGUGACUCAGGCGAGGGUCUCUUUGCCUUCAGCAGCCCCCGAGCCCUCGACCUGUGCAGGGCCGUGGCCGCUGCCAUUGCCCGCCAGCGGGAACGGCUGCCAGAGCUGGCUGGGCCCCGGCCCUGUCCCCUGCCUCGGGCGACCUCCCUGCCCUCACUAGACCCGCCAGGAGAGCUGCGGGAGGUGCCCCCAGGGCUGGAGCCCCCCAGCUCCUGGAGGGCACGCCUGGCUGAGCCCGGCCCCCAGAGUCUGCCCCCAUUGCUGAGCCCGGUGCCCCACGAUGAGCCGGUGUCUGAGCUCUACGCAUCCGUGUGCAAGCGGGCCAGUGGGCCCCCAGGCAAUGCCGAGCACCUCUAUGAGAACCUAUGCCUGCUGGAGGCAGGCCCUGUGCUGCCCAGGGAUAGGGACCCUGAGCAGGAGGGUCCCAGCCGCCGCAGCCCCCUGGCCAGCCCCAUCUACCACAACAGCGAGGACCUGGGCUGGCUGGGCCCUGCCCAUGACAACAGCCUUGAGGCCCAGUACCGGCGGCUGCUGGAACUGGAGCUGGGCGACAGUGAUGAAGCUGGGAGCUCUGGCCGCCCCAGUGCUCACACGGGCUUCAAGGCCAAGCUGGUGACGCUGCUGAGCCGUGAGCGGAAGAAGGGCCCAGCCCCCUGUGACCGGCCCUGAAAGCCCCGCGAGGCUCUGUGGCAGGAGGAAAGACAGGUGCUCUGCUGUUCCUGGGCCAGGGCCAACAAUGGACAUCUGUGACACAGCCCUGCAUCCACUCUGGCCUGCAGGGGUAAGGCAGGCUGGGGAGGACCCCUCCUGUGCCCCGCCACCCCCCCCCACCGCCGUGUACAGUGUACAGGUUUGCUGAUAAUAAAACCUCCCAGCUCUGCUCCUGG